AUGAAUGGCCGCUUGAGGGGUUUCUGACUGGGAGGGGAGAAUUAGCCCAAACUAAAUCUGAGAGGAUUAUCAGAGUAAGUCAUGAAAACACAUGAAAAAGGCUUUCUGUUUCAUGAGAUGAAGCAAUAGAACAGAAGUUAACCUUUGCCUGCUGCAAGAAUUGGAGGAUUUUUUUUCAUUAGUAUUUUCUUUUUUAAUUAAUAAAUAUAAGCAAAAUGUCUGAGCCUGCUGCAGAGGACAAUGGUAAGCCGACCAGCCAACAAAAUCUUUGCAUUCCAGGAAAAGAGGCCCCAAAGGACCCCCGCUGGUCCAGUCUAAAGAUUUUUAUUGUGGCCCUUUCCUUCGCCUAUUUCUCUAAAACUCUGUGUGGGACCUAUAUGAAAAGCGCCAUCACUCAGAUUGAGAGGAGAUUUGACCUUUCCAGCUCUGUUGUGGGCCUUAUUGAUGGCAGUUUUGAGAUGGGUAACUUGCUCUUUCUGGCAGUGGUUAGUCAUUUUGGGUCAAGACUACACAGGCCACGACUCAUAGGGAUGGGCUGUUUCCUCAUGGCCAUUGGCUCAGCGGUUACUGGGCUGCCACACUUUUUCAUGCGGCGGUACAAGUACGACACAGUAAUAACAGGCUCUCUAAACAAAUCUGUCAGUGUAUCUCCUUGUCAGCCUCCCGCGGUUUCAAACGAUUACUCUUCUAAUAACAUUGAAACAGAUUGCCUGAAGGACCCUGGAUCUAGUAUGUGGAUCUAUGUGCUCUUGGGUAACGCUCUCAGAGGAAUCGGAGAGACACCAGUCACACCUCUUGGCAUAUCUUAUAUCGAUGACUUUGCAAAAGCAGAAAACUCAGCAUUUUACAUUUCCUGUCUUCAGACUAUUAUGCUUCUGGGUCCCAUGUUUGGAUUCCUACUGGGCUCAAUGUGUGCCAAACUGUAUGUGGAUAUUGGAUUUGUCAGUGUAGAGAGUGUUACCAUCACUCCACAGGAUGCACGCUGGGUGGGAGCUUGGUGGCUGGGCUUCUUUGUGUCAUCUGCUAUCUUAGUACUUGCUGGUGUUCCUUUUUGGUUCCUACCCAGGUCUUUACCCAAACAAGGAGAGGAAGGGAAGGAAAACUCUAGUGCGGAUCGGGACAACAAGGAUCAAUCUGUCCUCCCAAACACACACUCAGUGAAACUGUCCGACAUCGCAAAAGGAUUCCUGCCUUCCCUGAAAAAACUCCUGUGCACUCCUGCAUACUUCCUGUUGCUUUGUGGGAUUGUUUUGAAGUUCAACUCUUUCAUCGGCUUGCUCACCUUCAAAGCCAAAUACAUGGAACAACAGUUUGGCCAGUCUGCUUCAAGAGCAAACUUCCUUAUUGGUGUCCUGAUCCUGCCUGUGGUCGCUGUGGGAAUAUUCUUGGGUGGUUUGUUAAUGAAAAGAUACAAGUUGAGCGUCGUGGCAGGGGCUCAGCUCUCCUUCAUCACCUCCUUCACGGCCUUCCUCCUCCUCCUCCUCCAUUUCGGCACAAAGUGUGAGAAUGUGCCUGUGGCAGGGCUCACUGUGUCCUACAAUGGGACCCCUGAAAUAUCUCAUGAUGAGCGCUCACUCAUGUCUCAGUGUAACCAGGACUGUUCCUGCUCUGCAUCUGAAUGGGAUCCCGUGUGCUCUGACAGUGGCAUUACAUAUGUGUCACCCUGUUUGGCAGGAUGCACCUCCUCCACUGGACAAGGCAAAAACAUGGUUUUUCAAAACUGCAGCUGUGUGUUAACCCCCUCACCAGUAGAGGGCAGCAGAUCUGUGUCUCUGGGACAGUGUCCCCGUGGGCCAGGAUGUACCCGGAGUUUCACCUCUUACAUGGCAGUUUCUGUCCUCAGCUCCUUCAUCAACUCUCUGGGCACAACUCCUGGAUACAUGAUCAUUAUACGAUGCAUUAAACCUGAGCUUAAGUCACUGGCGUUGGGUAUUCAAACGCUUGUGAUGCGAACGCUAGGUGGUAUUCCUGCUCCUGUAUAUUUUGGAGCUCUCAUUGACUCAACGUGUUUAAAAUGGGGGAUAAAGAGCUGUGGGGGCAGAGGAGCCUGUCGUUUGUACGACUCAAAUAUGUACAGAGUGAUCUUCUUGAGCCUGACUACGUGUUUAAGUGGAUGUUCGUACUUCUUCAUCAUUGCUGUCAUUGUGCUUCUGCGGAAGCAGUUUAGAAAAGAAGAAGUCAAAACAUUGCAUCAAACAACCAGAAAGCAAAAUGAAACCGAACUUCAGUCUCCGGAUAUGUGCCGUCCUGAUGGAUCCAAAACCGAUACCGUUCCCAGAGAAAAAACAGAGAACACCAAUACUGAAUGCUAGCGAUGAGCUAUUUAGUAGUUCUUUCAGGGAAUUUAGGAGACAGUGCUGAUACUGUAAAUUAAUGGAUGAAGAACUACUAAUAAAAACAAUGACCAGGGCUGCGGUUCCCAAAAGUAAGCCUAAGCUGAUGGUAGCUCCAUUGGUUUCAAUGGGUCUAUGAUGUACUUAAGGUUAUGGUUCUUUUGGGAAUACAGCCCUGGAAAACAGACUAUAAAGAAACCAGCGCAAGCCAUAACACUCUUUAGGCACUAUCGUACUAUGUGUUCAUGGUCCAGAGUUUGUACAGUAUCUCUUAAUAAAUCUCAGUUCUUUUA